AGUUGACAAGUAUCAUGUGGCUGUCAGUUUUCGACAAUUUUCGUAGAUUUUUAAUUUUUGGCAGCUCUUUGAGGUGUUGAGUUUGUGAGACUUGAAUGGAGGCGGUAUAGAAGAAGAUCAAAAUUUGGUUGAUAAAGUCCAGAGAAGCCCUGCCUUUUUCUUAGUAUUAAAUAUUUAUAGAUACCAAAAAUAUUGUAUGACAAAAUAGUUUGAAAUGUCUAAUCUAAUUCGUCUUAUAUCGAGAAAAUGUACCUCUACUAAUACCAGGCAUUUGUGCAAUUCUUUGAAGAAAACCAUCACAGAGGCAUCUCCUACUUUCAGUACUGAACAUAUUGUACAGGAUGAAAGUAAUCUCAGCAUAUUCAGAAUUGAGAACCUGGCCAUUGGGCACAAAAAAUCUAUUAGAUAUUUUCAUACUUCUCUUGCAAGAUGGGAGAGUCAAAUUGUCAAGUCACCACCAUUUCCUGAAUCUGUUACUGAAGGAGAUGUAAGGCUCGACAAAAAAGUCGGAGACUAUGUCGCUGCCGAUGAUGUGGUCAUGGAAAUCGAAACGGACAAGACAGCUAUGCCGGUUCACACCCCCGUAGCCGGGGUGAUCGAAGAAAUCCUCGUCAAAGACGGGGACACAGUCAAAGCUGGACAGGGCCUGUUCAAAAUCAAACCUGGAGAUGCUCCUGCUGGAAAAGCUGCGCCAGCGGCCGCCGCCCCGGCACCUGCACCACCCAAGCCUCAACAAGCUGCUCCACCACCUCCACCUGCUGCUGCCGCUUCUACACCAACACCAUCGGCCGCCCCAUCUCCGCCGCCCCGCCCGGCCGCCCCCGCUCCACGCCCCGCCUCCGCCGCCCCCCUCAGCUCGAUCCCCGUCGCCGCCAUCAGGCACGCUCAGUCGCUGGAGGCGGCGACGGUGAAGGUGCCGCCCCAAGAUCCGACCAAGGAGAUAAGCGGCACGCGCACCGAGCAGCGCGUCAAGAUGAACCGGAUGCGGCUGAGGAUAGCGCAGCGGCUGAAGGAGGCGCAGAACGUCAACGCGAUGCUGACGACGUUCAACGAGAUCGACAUGACGAACAUAAUGGCCUUCCGAAAGAAGAACCAAGAAGCCUUCCAGAAGAAGCACAACCAGAAGCUCAGCUUCAUGUCGGCCUUCCUGAAAGCCUCCGCCUACGCGCUGCAGGACCAGCCCGUCGUCAACGCCGUCAUCGACGGCCAGGAGAUCGUCUACAGGGACUACGUGGACAUCUCGGUGGCCGUGGCUACGCCCAAAGGGCUCGUUGUUCCCGUGCUGAGGAACGUCGAGAGGAUGAACUAUGCCGAUAUCGAGCAUGCCAUGGCCCUGAUGGCAGACAAAGCCAGGAAAGGUCAAUUGGCUGUAGAAGAUAUGGACGGUGGUACAUUCACCAUCAGUAAUGGAGGAGUAUUUGGGUCUCUCAUGGGAACACCUAUUAUCAAUCCUCCACAGUCAUCAAUUCUAGGAAUGCAUGGAAUCUUCGAUCGACCCAUUGCCUUAAAUGGACAGGUGGUGAUUCGACCAAUGAUGUACAUAGCCCUAACUUAUGACCAUCGACUCAUCGACGGUCGCGAGGCUGUCCUCUUCCUCAGGAAAAUCAAGCAAGGCGUCGAAGAUCCGAGUUCGAUAUUAGCGGGUCUUUAAGCACUAGAAAGUGAUGAAUCACAUCCGUACUAUUGUAUCUGAUAUUACUUUCUCUUAUCAUUUUUAGACCUGUUGUGCCCGCAAGGAUGUUCAUUGGAUGCAUUCGAUUCAGAUACAAUUAAAAGUUUCAUC